AUGGAAAUGGCUAUAGGACAAGCAUCAAGCAGCCGGUAUAUUGCCUUGAAUGACAAAGUAGAAGACAAUGGUAAUAGAUGCAAAAUUAUAAAUUCGACAACGUGUUGCACAGCAGAUAGGGUAACAGGGCAAGGGGACGCAGGGGAGCAUGUCAGUAAAUGUGGGGGAAAUGAAAUAGCCGCAUUUGGUGUUAUUGAUGAUGCAGAUGUAUGUAGCAUAGUGUUUGAAAGUACUAAAAAAACGGAAUCGUUCUAUAUACUGUACCCAAGAGCAAUCGGUACUAGGGUGCGCAAAGGCUACAAGAGAAAAGAUAAGAAUGGGAUUGUCCGUCUCAGAUCAUGGGUUUGUAAGAAGGAAGGCGAAAGACAUGAAAAGCACAUAAAUAGAAGGGAUCGAAUAAGGGAACCAAAGGCAAUAACAAGAUUCAUGAGGUCACAUAGGAAGAUUAGGAAGUUGGACUUACAUCAGGCAAUAGUUAUGCAACAAGCUGGCAUAAGACCAAAUCACAUAAUGAGGCUACUUGCUGUACAGGCUGGAGGCUAUCAUAACUUAGGAUUCCAUAUAACAGAUAUGUACAAUGAGCUAAAUCGGCAAAGGCAAAUAGCAGUUGCUCAUGGGGAUGGUGAAUCAGCAAUCGCAUUCUUGUCAGGCAAGCAAGGUGGUGAUCUCAAUUUAUAUUUCAAAUAUGCAGUAGAUGGCCAUAGCCGUCUGAAUCGGCUGCUUUGGGCUGAUUCAGGGUCUAGAGAUGACUAUAGAUGUUUUGGUGACGUGUUUGUGUUUGACAGCACCUAUAAUACCAAUCACUACAAAUUUUCAUUGGUUGUCCUACGUGGGGUGAACAAUCACUACUCAACAUGCAUCUUUGCCUGUGCUCUGAUCGUUUGUGAAGGAGAUGAGGGAUAUGAUUGGGUAAUCUGUACAUUCUUGGAAGCAAUGAACGGGAGGAAACUGAUAGCAGUUGUAACUGAUGGGGACAAGUCUAUGCAAAAGUCCAUUAAAAAAUUCAUGCCGACGGCUAAUGCAUAG